UCAUUUGUCGUUGUUCUACCACGGUGGAAAGGUUCAGCCGUCGUCCUGCUGUCGGGAUUGAAGACUGUUUCGGCUUCUACGGCCGAGGGUCGAUGAUCAUGGAAGCGGGACGGAAAUCAACGGCUGGAAAACACCCCCUGAUUGAGCUUGAUCCUGAUGAGCAGGAGAAGGAGAAGGAGAAAGUAGGCAUGAAGAAGCCUCUCUUUCCGAAAGGAAAGAAAUUGAAAGCCAAGCAGGAUGUGAUGGAUGCUUUUGAGGAGGAGUUAGGUCCCAUUAAACUUUCGGAUCCGAGACUGGCUGCGAAGCAACGAGCGCUUUCUAGGAAGGAAAAGGAGGCAAACAUUGAUAGCCGUGACGUCGCGGGACCUGGAGCGCUUGCUGUGGGUGAAGAAGAGUUCGAGGGAGAUGAAGGUGUCGAUGAUGAGGGUACUGUGUUUGAGCCAUUCAACUUGAGGCAGGAAAGGAAGGAAGGGUUCUUCGACGAUGCUGGAAACUAUGUCGAGUACCGUUGGGAGGCAGAGGCAAAGGACGCCUGGCUGGAGACGGCGGAGGUCGACACCAAGUACGCCGAGAAGGCUGCCGCAAAAGCUGCGGCGUAUGCGAAAAUGGAAGAGGAAUCGGAGGGCGAGCUAUCUACGGCAGAGCUUGCCGGCAUCAAGCGGCGAAUCAGCGAUGCACUUCAGCCAGGGGAGUCUGUGCUCGACGCCCUUCGCAGGCUGGGAGGCGGGCCACGCAGUCAAGGAGCUGGCAGAGGUCGAGGAGGGGGUCAAGUUGGAAGGGGCCAUGGCGCCGACCGAAUGUCGCCUGCAAACAAAGUACUGUUCGAUCAGCUCACGGAAGAUGCAAUGAAACUCUUACAAAAUGGAGAAUUAGGGGUGUACUCGGAUCACAAAGAGACGUUCCAACGUGAAGCGGAGGGCUACGAGGCAUUGCAGCGCAUACGGGCUGGCGGCAAGACUGAACAAGGCAACAAUGUGGCAAUAAGGUCCUCGGGCACGGAAAUCGAACUGGCAAAAACAGAGACCACCCGAAGCCAAACAAAUGACGAUCGUUCGGCGGAUGCACACGCCAAGGAUGUUAACGACAGAGGAGCUAAAACUGCAGAGGCCACGGUGUCUCCCUCCGCUGCUAAUCCAUCUAUGGACAUGUUUGCCGACAGCGACGACGAAGCCGAGCAAGCGACUGGAGUGGGUAACAAGAAUGAUGAUGACGCAACCACGUCUUCCGCAAAAGGCGGUGUGGUGGAUGAAAAAGCCCCCGGGCCGGAAUCCUUAGGGACCAGCGAAUCUUCCGUUGAUGGAAGAAGAGGAGGAGGUGCUUUUCCUGAGGACGGUUCUGGGUACGUGUAUGACGAAUCGACUGGGUACUACUACAAUGCGGAGCUGGGUUAUUACUAUGACGCAAAGACUGGGCUUUAUGGCAGUUCCAUCUUGGGGACGUGGUACCACUACGACGAAACCACACAAAAUUAUGUGGAGGUCGGUGGAGCACUGGGCGGAAGCGAGUAACAGCAUAUAUUGAAACAGAAGUGUCGAUCCGUUUUCAUUUAGACUUGCUAGUGGUUAUGUCCAUGCCACGUCGUGUAAAGUCAGUAGUUCAAGUCUACUUGUCACCACUAGCCAAUUCUUUAGUGGGUGGGGGAAACUUAGUGGGAUGCAAAUAUAGAUUACUAGCUUGUCUCUGUGCUGUAGAUUACAUCAUGCCAAUGCAGUUGACUCAGGUGAAUCUAGUAAUGCUGUGGCUGGUUCAACCAGACACACUGCGUGUGUGUGCGUGUGUGGUACAUGUGUGUUUGUUUGCGUGUGUGUGUGUUGUACAUGUGUGUUUGUUUGUUUGUGUGUGUGUGGUACAUGUGUGUUUGUUUGUUUGUGUGUGUGUGUGUGCGUGUGAAUGUUUGUGCCUGAGUCAG